UCAGUCCUUUCUAGAGAGAGCAGCCCAUCGGGUUCAGUUCAGUUGAGCUAUAGCUCUUGCCAUUCACGGACACACAACGUUCUUUCCACUCUCUCACGAACCAGUAUCCACUCACUUUCAUAACGUUGACGCUUUUCGACCAGGUCAAUCCGACGGGGUGGUCACCGCACACUUUCGUACUCACCACACCCACUACGUCCACGCACACCCCUCCCCCUCGGGGAUGGAGAGAGGCCGGUGAACGGGAGUCAUGGGCACGUGACCCUUACGAAAGCAUUGUUCCGGGCCUCGGUAUGAAAAGCUUUUUCAUACGAUGGAAAACACAAUUGGAAAAGUGACUGUCUCACUUGGCAGACUUGUGAUAAGAGUGAGACGACUGAGUGAGUGAACAAUAAUAAGAGUGGUGUAAACUGAUCCUGGUGAAACUCGGACAGAAAAGGAAAACCACUGGCCAGCAAUUGGAUCAUACAGGGAAAUCGAGACGUUUUUCUCUCGAGACGAAAUAUGUAUGCUGUAUAAAUAAGUUGAGAGAACUUUGUACCCUGUCAACUUUUUGGUCGUCACCUUAUCCAUCGGGACCAAAUUACCUGAUUUUUUUCAUCCAAAUAAUAAACAUUUAUCAAAAGUAAUACAGUAACUGUGAUGGCCAGCAGUGUCUCAGAAAAGAGGAUUGAUUUUCUGAAAAAGUGUGCUUCAUAUUGCUUGACCUGCUCUUGAAGUGAAAGAGGAGAGGAAAUGUCGUGACCGUUUCGUGUGUUUGUCGUCUUCUUCUUGUGGUCGAAAACUAAGAAAAACAAAACGCGAGGUGGAAUCUUGACUGUUGCAAUUCUGAAAAGUGAUAAAAGACAAAAAGAUGCGGAUUAAAACCCCUGCACUCAGAAUUGCACAAGGUAAGACCCUACAGCGUUUUCCGCCAUUCUGGGAUGACGUGAUAUGUAGAAUCAGAGGGAUGGACCAUUCCAUCGGUUCUGUUCACGGCCCCGGAGAUAUCCUCACCUGCGGCGGGUGUAAGAAGCAAUUUGGUCUGAGUGACAUUGUGCGCUUUAUUCAGCACAAGGUUCGCACAUGUCCCGCAAUCCUGACUGCGAGCAACAGCUCAGAUCGCAGGGACAAUUCUGCAGUCGCUGCAGCCACCGCGGCGGCCGCGGCGCUGCUAAACAACAAUAAUUUGGAUGCCAAAAACAAUCACUCCUCCUCCUCUGCUGCUACCAAUCUCUUGGUGGAGAGUCCGAGUUCCUCCACCCCUUGUUCCGAGGACGAAGAAGAUGAUGAUAAUGAUGACGAUCGGCCGGAAAACUAUUCCAAAAUUCCUAGCAGCAAAUGCAGCAACAACAAUAAUAAUAAUAACAAUAACAGCAACAAUGCUAAUAACAACAAUAUUGGAGAUAAGCACGGUGGGAGUGACGCGGAAGAUGAGGCUGACCAUGAUAAAUCAACAACAGCCGUGGCUAAGAUUCCCGUCGUGAAGAUUCCUCCUAGCAUCUCUGCCCCCAUAAAUAGUCGCCGGUCGAAAGGUCACCCUCACCAGCACCAGUCAGGGAGUCAUCAUGACUCUAAUCAGCGAAAGGAAGGGGGUGAAGACCCACCGCUGCUGCUACUGACCAACAAUAAGUCGGAUGCAUCGGUCAAUACCUCGUCGUCGUCGGGUUCAGGUUCAGAACCAAAUCGAAUUGUAUGCAUCAACUGUCAUCAGUCUUGUUCCUCUGCGUGGGCCCUCAUUCAACAUGUCCAGUCUUCGCAUGGAGUCAAAAUAUGUUCCUCUCCUUCUGGAGGAGAUGCUGUAGCUGCCCCCAAUUCUGGAAGCAACAUUCUCCCGUCCCCGGCUGCUGGACUUGUUCACCCACAAUCGUCCUCCCUCCUGCCCACCACCCCAGUAGGACCUUUCUCCAACCCUAUGACGACACCGUCACCCUCGUCGUCGUCCUCCUCCAACAACAAUAACCAUCAUCACCAUCACCACCACCACAGUCACGGGCAUUCCUCCCACCACGGUCAAGGCAGCAGUAAUCAUGACCUAGGAAAGCAGCGAAGGGAGAGGUCAACAGAACGUUCUCAUUCUCGCUCGUCCUCCUCAUCUGCUGUUGGUGGAGUUGGACUACUCCCCGGUGUAAAUCUUUCCAUGGUGUCCCCCAACAACCCCCCACACCCAUUGAUACCAAAUAGUGGGCAUCAUCAUCAUCGUGGUAGCGCUGCUGGCUCAUUUGGACCAACUCCGCCAGAUUUUGGUGGAUUGUUAAGGUUUCCAUUUCCUCAACCUUUCUGUCUCCCGAGACCCCCGUCCACUGCUUCUAGUCACGACUUCAGGGUGGAACAGUUAGUCAACUCCUCCACGAAUAAUAGUAAUGCCAACAACAACAACAGCAACGCAUCCUCAUCUGGAACCGUAAACAGUGACUUCAGACCCUUGCCCAAUCUCCCUUUUGACCCGAGAACUGCCCUGGAUUUGGCUUGUGCAGCAGCAGCAGCCGCAGCAGUGAGAAAUUCCAACAAUUCUUCUGGCGUGGGGGAACCCAUGGACUUUUACUCCCAAAGACUGAGACAACUUGCUGGCGGAUCCAGUGUUUCCCCGUCCCCAGGAUCACCAGGCUUCUCGAGAAAACCAGUGAUGACACCACCCUCCCCACUUUCUCCGGACGAUGGGAAAGGGAAAAUAUGCGACAAGUGUGGCAAACGGUUCAGAUUCGAAAGCACAUUAGUAGCCCAUAGAAGAACACACGCCUCUGACGCUCCACACAGAUGUCCACAAUGCAGCCAAAAUUUUACAUCCAGUGGUCGGCUACGAAGGCAUUUGAUUUCUCAACAUGGACAUCCCAUGGAUUUAGAUGACGCCAUCAUAAGUGGUCACCCCCGAAUAAUCACUGGUGGUGUUGGAGUUGAGGAUUCUCCAGUGAAUGAUUGUUCCAGUCCUGUCGCUAGCACACCCACCCCACCAACUUCGGGUAUAGGAUCCAGUGUAUCUGCAGGUACAGGAACCACCUCCUCAGGUCCCAAUUCCAGCUCAUCAAGUCACCAAGACCUCGGCUUUGAGUCCAAUAAGUCAGACUCUGAGCACAACAAUAAUUCUGCCAAUAUGAUCUCUCCCACUCGGUUGGGAAAAUCAAGUUCUGAUGAUGCAGAGGAGUCACUCAACCUCACCAGCGAGUCUGUUCACAAUAACAACACGAAAGAAGAGAAAGAGGACAAUCUUCCAUAUGAAGGGUUAAAAUUGAAGCGUUCCUCAUCCAGCCCCUUGAUGACAAACACCAGCAGUGGUACUGGCAAUAACAAUAACAACAACAAUAAUAAUGAGAAUGGGGAUGAUAACAUGCAUCUAAAAGAGAAAGUUGAAAAUAACGACGACGAAAAGUCAGGCGACGGAUCAUCCCUUGAUGAAGAAGAUAAUUAUGACGAUUACAUCGAAUCCGAUUCGGAACCAGAGCCAGAAGUGAAGCGAAGUCGUAAGGUGGACUCUAAUAAAAAUUCUGAGCCCGAGGAUCUCACUCGACGCCCAGGUAAAGACAAAGAGAACACUGGAAAUAAUGGUGGUAUUGCCGGUGGUGGUGGUGGUGGACUCUCAUCCAACUCGAAUUCCCUUGUGGGCGAACUUAUAGAUCGGUUUGGACUCAACAACAUUGCACAAUACAGUGAAGCUUACAGACAAGCACUCAAAGAAUCUCAACUUUACUCUAAACUGAUCAAAGGUGGUGGCGGAGAUCGAUCCACACCCAAUGGCUUAAGUCCGAAUUCUCCACCCAUGGUGCCCGGACUUGGGCCCCCAUUUGACCUUCUUCAUCCCGGUCAAGGUGCAGGGACUCCCAGCGGACCCAUUCAGUUCCCAUUUGACCCCGCGAGUGGUGCGUUGGACAAGAGGAUGAAGUUGGAUUCACCAGAAGGUCUUUAUGCUGCCGGCCUCUGGCUCCCACGAGACCAUUUGAGUUUCCUCAACGCAACCCCGAGCAGUGGGCUGGACGGUGGUGCUGGUGGGGCGGGCAGUGGGGGUGGUGGUGGUCCCAACAGACCUGAGAGAGAGGGGAGAGAAAAGUCAUACAAGUCGGACCGCUUCGAACGUGCGACGAGGGGAGAAAGAGAUAGUGGGACCCCAUUGUCCAACUCAAUGGGGACAAUGAAAAAAGAGUCUCGUCGCAACGACACUUGCGAAUAUUGCGGAAAGGUGUUCAAAAACUGUAGCAAUCUCACCGUCCACAGACGGUCUCACACGGGAGAAAAGCCCUACAAAUGCGAACUCUGCAGCUAUGCUUGUGCCCAGAGUUCCAAAUUGACCCGACAUAUGAAAACUCAUGGUCGUCUUGGGAAGGACGUUUAUCGCUGCCGUUUUUGCGACAUGCCCUUCUCCGUUCCUUCCACGCUUGAAAAACACAUGCGAAAAUGUGUCGUAAACCAAAACAAUCUGGCGGCUGCAGCCGUGGCAGCGUCCGUCAAACUGGAGCUGGGACAACAGUCUUACUCCUCCUCAUUGGAUCAUCAAACGGAUGAUUCCAACUCGAAAGACACCACCUGACUUUUGCCGUGGGGAACACACUUCCCAUUUGGCCUCCUCCCACCAUCACAUCCCACCCGACUAUACUAACAUAUCCCAAAAACCACAAAACAAACCGCGUAAAAUGUUUGAAGAUAUAAUCCUUGUAUAGAUUUUGUACGCUGAAAGCAAUCUUGGUCAUGGCUUCGUUUGUACAUAUUCAUAUAAUUCUUUACUAUCAUCAUUCAUACAUCAUAGUUCAUAAUAUAUUUUGAAGAUAGGUAUAGUUACGGUACGAGCGAGGAAUUUGGAACGCUCGUGGUGCUGCAGUAAGCAUCAUGCACAUUUACAUAUUAAUCAAUCAACACUGGAAACAUAUUAGCGGUAUAAUAAAGCACACCACAUCAACCAACAGCACACUAUUCUCAAUUCAGUUGUUAGAGCACUUCUACUUGGACGGAUAUCUAAAUAGAGAUGAAUACAUAACAAGUAAAAGUAGGCAGACGGACAUAAUAUAUCAACACCGUGGACGCGUGUGUGUUGCCUAUCGUCGAUAACCUUACUCCCACGACUUUGUUGUACAGAUAAGAAAGAAAAACGCGCUCCAGUUCUGUAAAGAAAUAUCAUUUAAUAAGACGACGCAGUAUAGUAAUAAUAAUAAUAAUAAUAAUAAUUAAAAAAAGUACGUCGUCGGUCAUUCAUUAUUCGUUCGUUCGUUGUCCAAUGUCUUCCCGGUUGCAUACCAGUUCCAGGUUGUUGUCAGUAUUUCCAUGCACGAGGCUUUGAUGGAGAGAACCGGUGAACAAUAAUAGUAAUAAUAUUUCUCUUUUAACUUUAUAUAUGGAAUUCAUGUACUUUUUGAUGAUGAGACAGUGUACAUACAUACAAAUAGAGUAUCCGACUAUUUCUGCAAAGAGGAACGGGAGAGAAGGGGAAGGUUGAGACGAUGGAGAUUUAAUUCAACUAUUAAACAGGGUUUUACUACACCAAAAAUCAAUCGCCACAUGUUCACUUACUAAUAUUAUUAAGUAUCAUUAGCCUAUUGUAGCAGAGCACGGGAAAUUAUUAGUUUUAGCAGCAGCAAGAUAAGUAUGACGACAAAUUCAUGAUUUUAGAUGAGUUACAUUUUACAGAGAAAAUAUUUAAUAGUGAAUUCACAAAAUUUUAUUAUUAUUAUUACACUUUCUCAUAUCAUUAUUUAUCGCAACGACCUUUUUAGGAGAAUCGAGGACCCAGUCAUUUUUACAUUUUAUAAACAUUGACAAAGUUUUUUCGUAAUAUACUUUUUAAUGCAGAUUUUAAACGAAUACUUGUGUUUUUGGUUUUUCCUGCUCUACAUACACACGUGUGUGGAAACUUCAUGUUUUAUUAAUGCAACCAUGUGAAUUGCAUGUGACGAAUUUUAUGUAAUUUACUGCUAAUGCAAAUUUAUUAUUGUUUUCUUAUAAUUGAAUUUCAUGUUUGAAUUGAGUCACACAAGUAUUUCUAUGAAUGUUAUUAUUUAAGUUUUUUUUAGAAAUUUGUUAUUUUACGGUCACUUUUUUGCAGGAAUGAAUGAAUGGAGUUCACAUAGUCAUGUAAAGAAAAUUCAAGUUCCUACACUUCUAAUUUUCACCCAUUUUUUCAUUUAAUUUUAUAUCAAAGUUGUUUCUGACACUGGAUAUUCGUUCGUGGGGGCUGGUUUAUAUUUCCGAUAUAAGUUGUGCUAUACGGAGUCGUUGAUUAUAAUAAUUUAUUAGACGCUAAAUUACUAUUUUAUUUAUACAUGCAUCGUUUUUGGUAAAAAAUUAUGAACAUGGAGACACUGCUACUGCCACGAAGGAUAGUCAUUCGUGUAAUCUAAUCUAAUUUAAGUAGGAUUUUGUAUCUGGACAGAAACAAUUACCGCGUGAUUAGUGAACUUAACAUAUAGUUUUCCCCAGAAAUAAUCAUCCAAUCAUAAAAAAUACCCACUAACGAUAUACUUGAAUUAAUUACAGCUCAUAUGCAGAGUAAUAAAUUUUAAUUGAUAAGCCGGUGUUGUAACUUUGGUGUACUUUUAAAUAGCUAUUUACCUACGUGUGUGAUUUCAAUAAUGUGACUUUUUCAUUGGUAUACAUAACUUUUCUCUUCACUAUAAUAUUCAAUAAUGCGUAUAAUUUGCCGUUUACAUACAAAUACAACUUUUAAUCGUGCAGACUUUUUUUUAACAAUUAUUGUAUCACCCACCACCAUGCAUUCUUUAAUAUAAUUCCGAAUUUAUGAUUUGUCUCCCCGAAGCCAAACGACAUAAUAUGAAAUGUACAAUAGCUAAAUAGAUAAUUCACUAAACUAUACAAGUGAUUGUGAAUGAGUAAUAAUAAUAAUAAUCUAAAUAAUAAUGAUUGUAAUAAUAAUUAUGUCGAUAGUUUAGACCGUAGCUCGUACAUAUUUCGUAAUAAGAAUAUAUAUAGCGAAUUUGCAUUGGUACUGAUGCUGAUUAGUUAUACAUAUAGUGUCAUGUUUGAAUUGGUAAAGUGAUGAUCUUAGCCCUUUAUACAUACUGCUAAUGGUAAUAACAGGAAGAUAAUAAUUAAUUAAUCGUUUUCGUACUAACUGGUCCGUUUUGUGGUCACCUCACGAGCACGAUCGAUCAUAAAUAAAAUCAAGGUGUGCAGAUAUACAAA